UAAAGCGCAUUUAACCUCUGCGAACGAGCAUAUGGGAGCCCAUGUCCAAAGGCCGAGUCAACUUCUCCGACAAAGAAGAGGCACGGUGGAGACGAGCGGGCGAUGGCGAUGGCGGCGGCUCCUGGCAGCAGCAAAUGUCUCCUGGUCACCGGCCCUCCGGGCGUGGGGAAGACGACCUUGAUCACGAGGGUUCUUGAAGCCCUGCGGACCUCCCAUCCUCACCUGACCGUUCAGGGCUUCUACACUCGUGAGGUGAGGGAGGGGGCGGACAGGGUGGGGUUUGAAGUCGUCACCUUGGACGGUAGGCGCGGCCCCCUCGCUUCCUCCAAGAUCUCAAGCACAGAGUCUUUCAGGUGGCCUACUGUUGGAAAAUAUAAAGUAGAUGUUGCCUCAUUUGAAUCUUUGGCAUUGCCUCAAUUGCAGAUCAAGGAAGGCAUAGAUCUUUUUAUAGUUGAUGAAGUGGGUAAAAUGGAACUAUAUAGUUCUUCUUUUUUCCCUGCUGUUCUGAGAGUUCUUGAUUCCAAUAUUCCAUUUUUGGCAACGAUACCUAUACCUAAGUUUGGCCGUGACAUUCCCGGAGUGGCAAGGUUGAGAAAUCAUCCUGGAGCUACUGUCUUCACACUGAACCCAGGAAAUCGAGAUGCCAUGAAGGACACCAUAUUCUCGCAGAUUGUUAAUCUGCUACAGAACCACUGAAACCGUAAUUCUUUUUUUUUUUUCGCUUGCUAAAGCAGACAUAAUGUGGAUUGAACUACUCUGUUGCACCUUGUUCUUAUUUUCUUCGACCACAGCAUUAUUAUAUGUGCUGAAUGAGAAAACCAUUUGCAGUA